UGUUCAUUCACCUCACCUCAACCUUUGAUACGCCAUAUCCUAUCUUCCUAUCGCUGAUACAAAUGAUACUAUCAUUAGCAAUAUGACCCCUGCCACGGACACAGAUACUGGCCGCAAACGGCGUGCUCACAAAAAGUCCCGAGGUGGCUGCGCGAACUGCAAGAUAAGACGGGUGAAAUGCGACGAGAAACACCCUGAAUGUCACAAGUGUCAAGCGUAUGGUGUCGCUUGCAACUACGGUAGCGAUGCACCUAACGAGCUUCGACAUGCUGGGGAGUCUGCUUUCGCCAUCCAACCCGCUAUGCCUCUGCCGAGCGAAGUACCGGCCAUACAAGAUCUUCCAGGACGACAGUUAGACUUUCAACUUCCGCCGACGCCUCCUACCGAGUCCAUUCUGAAUCUGCUCAACUUUCCUCUCGCGCUCCACGAAACCGACGAGGUCUAUCGCCUCACCGAGCAAGAUCUGGACCGAUUGCAAAGGUUCCAGGACCGGACUGUACUCACAGUAGGCACUGCACAGACAACUCACAUCUAUAGGGAUGUCAUCCUCAAGCUUGGUUGUGAACAUUCAUUUCUCACCCACAUCAUUCUGGCGUUGGUGCUUAUGCAUGACCGAUAUCUGUCGGCAGACCCAUGGCAACCGCCCAUGACCGAAGAGACUUUUCAUCAUUACCACGGCACCGCUAUAUUCAACAAGGUAUUGUCCCAACCGAUGCCGCACGAGGUGAAAGACGCCAUGUGGGGAUGUGCAGCGCUCCUGGGUUGCCUUACGCUGGCCUCGGUUGACGCCUCCAAGCCUGAGGAGUCCUGGCCACUGAAGCCGGAUGGGCUUAACGAUCUAGACUGGCUACGGAUGAGUGACGGGAAGAAAGAGGUGUGGCGUAUCGCAAAUCCUCUUCGUGAAGAUAGUGUCUGGCGGCCGGUCAUGACGCACGUCCACAGCAAUGACGCCACGCCAGUCGCUGACAGACCGGAAUUGAAUCAUUUAAUACCCGCCAUGACUCGACUUUACAGCUUCGACGAAUCUGCGAACGCUGAAGGGGAUCCCUACCACACUGCCACUUCCAUCAUACUGCGUCUGUUGCCGAUACAGUGCACGCAUGGAACGAUUAUGUACUUCUUGUCAUUCCUAGGCCAUAUGAACCCGGACUACCGUUUGCUACUGCACCAGAAGGACCACCGAGCAAUGCUAUUGCUGGCGUGGUGGUAUGCAAAGAUGAUGGACUACCCUGUAUGGUGGUUGCAAAGGCGGGCCACCAUAGAAUGCAAAGCUAUCUGCAUCUACCUUGGAAGGAGGUAUAUCCCGCAGUCAGAUGUGGGAAGGUUACUUGAUUUUCCUAAGAUGAUGUGCGGCUUUGCUAUAAGCGGCGCCUUCGGGCAACAAGUAGACGAAGCGAGGUCGUCUGCACGUUUGAGAUCUUGA